AUGGACUGCGCGGAGGAGCUCAACUUGAACGGCAGCGUGCACAAUCUGGGCGCCAUCGUGGUGCUGGAGGAGCUCGUGAGCGCCGCCAGUCUGCUCUCGCUGCUCCUGAACGCGGCGGCUGUGGCGCUGGUGCUGGCGCGCGCGCGCCCCUACCGCGGGCCGUUCACCGCGCUGCUGUGCAGCCUCGCGCUCUCGGAUGCCCUCACGAGCUCCACGUCGGUGUACGUGAGCGUGCGCACGGCACUGGACCCCGCCAACUCGGUGGUCGCCACGGACGUGCCGCUGCCCCUUUACGCGCUGCUGACCACGGGCGUCCUGUCGGGCACCUACGGCGUGCUGGCCAUCGGCGUGGAGCGCCACCUGGCGGUGCGCGGCGUGUGCAAGCGGCGCGUCCAGCUCAAGAGCAGGGUUCUGAAGGUGUUAGGCCUGUGCUGGACGCUGGCCGUGCUCGUGGGCAGUUUGCCCCUCUUCGGCUGGAACUGCGCGGACGGUGGACUGGCUUCAACGCUGUACGGCCCGCUGUGCAUCAACUACCUGCUCUUUGUGGUGGUCCCCAACACCAUCGUGGUCUUCGCCGUUCUCUCGGUGACCUACGUGGCCGUGAUCGUGAAGCUGAGGGAGCUGAACUCCAGCAGCGCCAGCUGCGCGCGCGCCGAGACGCGCGUGACCAGGACUGCGUGGAUCAUCUGGGGCUUGGCCCUGGUGGCCUACACGCCCUUCCUGGCCGGAGUGCUGUGGGACGCGUCCCACCGCUCGUGCCCCGAAAAGCUCAAGACGAGCGUGAUCGUUUUCAAGAACGUGGCGUACGCCUUCCUCGUGCUCAACUCCAUCGGAAACCCCAUCGUGUACACGUUCAACUGCCCGGACAUGUGGUGCCUGGCGAGAUGGAACCGCUGGGGGAGGAGAAGGAAGAACAGGGUGACCGCGUGUGUCAGCACUGUAACAGAGACGCGCCUGUUUUAGACUGAUAUUGUGGACAAUAAUAGCCUCAUGCAGGCUCUGCACUCUUUCACUGGAAAUGACUUGUUUCUAUAGUCCAUUCCACCAAACUAGUUCAAUCUGCUGACCCACAGUAAAACCAAAUAUGUCAUAGAGUAUUCGGACUAUAGAUGUAUAC